AUGACUAAGAGGAUACAUGGGAGUCACGAAUUAAAUGGAGUUCGGAGAUCAAACGCCAAGAGAACACACGUAGAAGACACUGGAAAUAUUGAUUCUGAAUUGUUGAGGGAUGUUGAGGUAGAAGAUGUGGUUAAUAAGGGUAAUGGUGGUAACUCAACAAUUGGAGAUGAUGCCGCCGCCGCAGCCGCCGCCGCCGCAGCAGCAGCAGCGAGGUUUACUAAUUUAAAUGACGAUGAAGAGGAAGAGGAAGAUGUGGGUGGUCAUGGUAUGACUGGAGCAGGGGUUGGUGGGCACCACGUUCAAGGGGAGCAUGAGGAGGAGGAAGACGAGGAAGACGAUGAUGAUGAGCUUGAUGAUUUAAAGAAGGAUCCGAAUGUAGAUCUAGAUGGAGAGGACGACGAAGAUGAUGAAAACAAAAUGCCUGGUGAGAAACUAACCAGCCGUAGGGGCAGAAAACCUGCUCCAAGUGCUGGAACACCUGAAUGGAAACAACAACGGAAGGAUUCCCAUAAGGAGGUGGAGAGACGGCGCCGUGAAAAUAUUAACACAGCUAUAAAUAAGGUGGCAGAACUGUUGCCUGUAAAGGAAUCAAGUAAAGCUGCUAUAUUAUCUCGAGCUGCAGAGUACAUUCAGAAGCUGAAGGAAACUGAAAACGCGAACAUUGAAAAGUGGACAUUGCAGAAGCUAUUAAGUGAGCAACAAGUUUCUCAACUAACGUCAACAAAUGAAAAGCUCGAAGAAGAACUAAGUAACGCUUUUAAAGAAAUCGAAACAUUGAAGGCUAAAUUGAAGAGCGCUGGUAUCGAUUCUUGA